AUGCUGGCUCCGGCACUUGGAGAGCGGGCUGGAUCCUCACAAGAAGCCGGGUUAAUUCUGGGGACUUUGGAAGGUUUCCAUGAGAUGGGUGAUGGCUUCCCAAGUUCCUGCACCAAGGCCACCCAGCAGUAUGCUUUGCAGGCCUUCAAGAGCCAGGCCCAGGAAGGCACUCGACGCAGUGAGGAAGAGACGUUGGACCCCGACGUCAGCAGGUUCUGUCAGGAAUCGAUACCGGAGAAGAAGACCACCUUCGAUCAGAUUUUGGCAGAGCUCACUGAGUCCGUUAGCCACCGUGAACCGGGCGUUCCAGUCGAAGAUGAGCUUCUGGACCAAAUACGCAAAGACGACCUCCAGCGGGUCUGCAUGCUUCUGUACUACUACAAGCCGAAACCACACCUCGCGAACAGGCCUCGGGGCACAAGUGGUGGCACGACGCUGAUGGCCGCGGCUCUAAGCGCCAAAGAAGAGAUUGCCCAAGCGUUGCUGGCCGCCGGCGCACCUGUGGAGGCCGAAGACGACUUCGGCCGGACGGCAUUGUUUAAAGCUGCAGCCAGCGGCGACGCGAACAUGAUUAGCAUUAUGUUACGGGCGGGGGCGAACGUGGAUAAGCAGGACAACAAUGGAGACACGGUGAUGCACAUGUGUUCCGAUGGUCGCGUCCACGGAUUCCAAAGAAUCCUCGAAGAACGCCCCAACCUGGCCUUGAAGACGAAGGGCAGCGAAGGCUACACCGCACUUGAGAGUGCCAUCAUGAGGAACCAGUUGAAAUGCAAGAGUGCCAUGGAGGGGGAGACGUGGCCCUUCAUAAAGCCGGGAGAGCCCCAGCCCAGCUCCUCCUAA